GAAUGUACCACCGGAAAAGUCUAUAUAGAGCCGGUGUUAUUAUAAACGUAAGUCAUUUUCGUUUUCGGUUUACCAGUUUUCGGAUGAAACAGUCAUGAAAUGUUUUUUAGUGUUAGUGAGUUUAUUUUGUAUUGGCACGGCCCUAGAACUGAGUGAUAUCGAUGACUCUUUAGCACUUCUUUGGAAACCUCAGGACGAUAAAGGAACUAAUGAAUGCAAAGUGAAUAUCAAGGGUGGCAUAAAGUACGGAUUAUGCAUGCCACAUGCGAAGUGCAUUAUGACCGGAGGGAGCCCGCAGGGCUUCUGCGGCUUUUUGUCAACAUGUUGCAUUGUUGAGAACAGCUGCGGUCAGAUAAGUGGUGCUAAAAUAGGUUACUUCGAAGCUCAUGACUUACCAAAUGGAAUAACUUCGUGCAAUUACAAUAUAAGAUUGAGGAAUCCAAAUAUUUGCCAAGUACGAUUGGACUUUAUAAAAUUCCACUUAGCACCAGCUGUAUUGACUCUUCCACAAUAUGCGACCAACAAAAUAUACAAAUGUUUGGAUGACAGGCUCACCAUUACCCCAAAUGUAUUCGAUAUUCCACCACUAUGUGGAAGCAAUGACAAACAACAUGUGUAUGUGCACGUUAAUCAAACAGAUAAUGUGACUAAAGGUGUGCUACUAAAAAUGACACUCGCAGAUAGAAACUAUCACCCACACCUUUUCGCACCCUCUUGGAAAAUAAAAAUAACCCAGCUGGAAUGUCCUGCGGAGAAAAAGUUCUUCAACCUGCCUUCACAGGAUGUGAAUUCUGACUUUGCGCAGCUUGCUCCUCUGGGCGCGAUACAGUAUUUCACUGAAAAAUCAGGAUUUGUGAGAUCCUUUGGAUAUGACGGCUCUGUCAGCAUUCAGAGUUACACAUACGAUCAGAAAUAUGCAAUUGCUUUCAAGAGAGAUAUCGGCACUUGUGGAAUAAGCUUUAAACCACAGUAUAUCUACCUGCCUUAUACCAGUAGCACAGGAAUUACAGCAGACAAAGACUGCUCACAUUACCUCUUCGUGCCUGAUCUUUACUUUGAUGUAGAUCCUGAGAAUGCAAGCCCAAACGAUUUGGUCGCUAAAGUGUGUUUAAAAGAGAAUCUAAAUUUCCGAACAUACGCGCCAGGUCCAUUAUACAUAUACUUCAACUCGAUUGCAACGGAUUUCGCUACGGAAGAAGAUAAACGACAGGGCUUCAACAUCAAAUACGAAUUAUUGAAUAAGUGUAUAUAAAACAAAGACUACUAAUUAAUAAAAUAAGUUAAUUGCAAA